AUGGAGGCACCGGCGGCCAUGUUGGAGCUGUCCAAGAGGAAAGGUCUCCACAGAGUCACAGAGAACAGCAGGAGCACAAAGUCUCAUAAAGUGCCGGUGCUCAGAGUUCAUGUUUGUGUGGGAGCCUUCAGCGUGUCGUGGCGGCGGCGCCUCGUGUCGUGGCGGCGGCGCCUCGUCAGCGCUCUCCCCCACACGCCUCCCCCACACGCCUCCCCCCCUCCCACACGGCGCCUCUCCUCCCAGGCAGAGGUGGGCGAUAAUGGGCCUGUCAAAGCCCAGCGCCCGCCGCCUCAGCCCCGUUUGGCCCCGUUUGGCCCCGUUUGGCCCCGCUCCCCCUGA